AAUUUGUGUUAGCCAUGUGAGAAACUUCAUAGUUGUAAUUUUUGAAAGACUUGUAAUUCAUAGUUGUGAUGGCCAUACGCAAAACAGAGACAUUCUUGAAAAACCCCAACCUGUAACAUAAUCACGAUUAUUUUUCUUUGCUAAAUUAAAGCAAUUAGUAUGCUUUCCAAAUGUGAAUAAUGGAAAGCUCCAUUUAAAACUCACAAGUUCCUUGUUGUUACUAAAACAGAUACUUAUAUGAUUAAAAUUGGGGAUUCUUCUCCAUGAAGUGAAUUUUCUAAAAAGAACGUUUGAUUCAGCUAUCUGCUUGCACUUUUAGUCAACCUGUAAUCAUGGGCAAAAGAACCAGAACUGCAGCCCUAACAAUGGCCCAAUAUAUAACAAACAAUAAACAAACAAAUAGCGGUUUUUAAGUUUUGAUUCGGUUUCUAAAACGACGUUGUUUAACAGUCCUCAACUUCUCACCAGGAAGGCCCAUGCAUGAAACGAACAAACCAACAAAACGGUAAGAAUCACACAAAAUGUUUCUUUUGUGAUUCAUUCGCUUUCAACAAUCGCAACCAAAUUUGUCGGUGUCUCUUUGGUGGAGGGUUUUUGUAGGGUUUCUCUUUCUCUUCCUCCUAAGUUACAACUUUACAAUAUAUAUAUACCAUAACAACAUACUCGCAGAGAAAGGAUAACGAAAUGGGUUCUCUAAGAAAUGGAACAGAGACACGAACUAGCAGAAAUGACGAAGAAGAAGAGGAGCCAAUACUAAAGGAACAGAACCAGAGAUUUUGUAUGUUUCCCAUCAGAUAUAAGCCACUUUGGGAGAUGUACAAGAAGGCUGAGGCCAGUUUUUGGACUGCUGAGGAGGUUGAUCUCUCUCAGGAUGUGCAGCAAUGGGACACUCUAUCUGAUUCAGAAAAACACUUUAUCAGCCAUGUACUGGCAUUUUUUGCUGCAUCUGAUGGGAUUGUUUUGGAGAACCUAGCAGCAAGAUUUCUAAAGGAUGUUCAAAUUCCAGAGGCACGGGCAUUCUAUGGAUUCCAAAUUGCUAUGGAGAAUAUUCAUUCUGAGAUGUACAGCUUGCUUUUGGAGACAUAUAUCAAGGAUUCAAGGGAGAAGCAUAGGUUAUUUAAUGCUGUUGAAAAUAUUCCUUGUGUUGCUAGAAAAGCAAAGUGGGCAUUGGACUGGAUUAAUAGUUCCUCAUUGUUUGCAGAAAGGCUUGUUGCUUUUGCUUGUGUUGAAGGUAUCUUUUUCUCAGGAAGCUUCUGUGCCAUUUUCUGGCUUAAAAAGAGGGGCUUGAUGCCUGGUUUAACAUUCUCAAAUGAGCUAAUUUCCAGAGAUGAAGGCCUGCAUUGUGACUUUGCAUGCCUUCUGUAUAGUUGUUGCGGAAGCAACUUGAGUUGCAAAAAAUUCAGCAAAUUAGUAGAAUGAAGCAGUGGAAAAGUUGAAAACUGAAGUUCGCGUGUG